AAACUGGAGCACAUUUGCCCCCCGAAUGUGUGUGUGUGAGUGUGUUUGUGUGCAUAUUUUGCCUUCACAGGUGGAUCAGGCUCCCUCACUCAUGGACAGAGACUGAAACAGACAGAAGAGGAAUAAGUAAAUCGGUCAAAUACAUAAUCAACGACUGACACAGAAUGCCUUCUAAAAAAAGAAAUGAUGCAACUAUUGAUGUUGAAGCCGUUGGCAUAGAGGUGGAUGCUGUAGUCGACAGUGGAAGUGAAGAAGAAGCCAGGAGAAGAAUUAAAAGCAGAAAAGCCAAAGCUCAGCGUAAAGCCAAGCUGUACAGUGAUGAAGAGGAAGGUGAAGAAGAGGAGGAUGAGGCACCAAGGAAGAGAGGAAGACAGAAGAAAGCACAGCGCCAGGACAGCGAUGAAGAAGAGGAUGAGGAUGAUAACAAGAGUGUGAAAACCAAAGCCUCCAAAGCUUCCAGGAAGAAAGCAGCGAGGGAGGAAAGCGAAGAGGAGAGUGAGGAGGACCGCAGGAGGAAGAAAAAGGGAGCAAAGUUGGUGUCAAAAAAGGACAAAGAGGAGCAGAAUAAAGAGAAGAAGGGAGAUACUAAAGGGAAAAAAGGAAAUGAGAAAGGUGGUGAGCAGGACAAAAAGAAGAAGGGAAAGUUGAGCAGCAGCUCUUCUUCCUCCUCUGACUCUGAUGAAGAAUCUCUGUCUGAAGGAGAGAUGGCAGCCCUUAAGGAAGAGGUAGAGGAGAAGAAGAAACUGGUUGCCACACUAAGGAAUAAACCGUGGCGUAUGAAGAGGAGACUCAUAUUACUCAAGGAAGCACAGGAGUUUAUUGAAAAGUUUGAAGGAGCUCUCGGGAAAGGGAAGGGAAAGAAAUUGUACGCGUUCAAAGUCAUGAUGACUAAGAAAUUCAUCAAGUUCAAACGUGACUUUGAGAACUUCAAAACAGCCUUCAUACCCUGGGAGGGGAAGAUAAAGGAAGUUGAAAGUCACUUUGGGUCCUCUGUGGCAUCCUACUUCAUAUUUUUGAGGUGGAUGUAUGGACUGAACCUGGUCCUCUUUGGGUUCAUGUUUGGCUUGGUGGUCCUGCCUGAGAUUCUCAUGGGUCUACCAUAUGGCUCCAUUCCCAGGAAAACUGUACCACGACAAGAGCAGGCAAAAGCUAUGGACUUCUCUGUGCUCUUCGAUUUUGGUGGUUACUGCAAAUAUUCUUUUUUGUUCUACGGAUACUAUGACCAUAAGCGAACCAUUGGAGUGCUGCAGUUCAGACUUCCCCUGUCAUACUUGCUGGUUGGCGUUGGCAUCUUUGGAUACAGCUUGAUGGUUGUCAUUAGAACGAUGGCUCGUAACUCAAACGAAGGAGGAGACGGUGCUGAUGAGGGAGAGUUCACCUUCAGCUGGAAGAUGUUCACCAGCUGGGAUUACCUAAUUGGAAACCCCGAGACAGCAGAUAAUAAGUAUGCCUCCAUUACCACCAGCUUCAAGGAAUCCAUUGUCGAUGAACAGGAAAACCAGAAGGAUGAAAACAUCCACCUGCGUCGCUUCCUCAGAGUCCUUGCCAAUGUUCUGAUCCUGUGCAGCCUGGGAGGCAGUGGUUACCUCAUUUACUUUGUGGUAAAGCGCUCCCAAGAAUUUGCAGACAUGGAUAACGAUGAACUCUCCUGGUUCGAAAAGAACGAGGUGGAGUUUGUGAUGUCUUUGCUGGGCUUGGUGUGUCCUCCUCUUUUUGAAACCAUCGCUGAACUGGAGGAUUAUCACCCCCGAAUUGCUCUCAAGUGGCAACUGGGACGCAUCUUUGCACUUUUCCUGGGAAACCUUUACACCUUCCUUUUUGCCCUUUUUGACGAGGUCAAUGCAAAGUUGGAGAGUGAGAAGACCAUCAAGAACGCUACCGAGUGGGCGUUAAAAGAGUACCGUAGCAACUACAGCAGCUACUUCAACACCACAGACGUGCCUCCUCCUGAUGUCCACCCUGCCGACGUCAUCAGAGGACCCUGCUGGGAGACUGCAGUUGGCAUUGAAUUUGUGAAGCUGAUUGUUUCUGACAUCCAAGUGAACUACUUGACUAUCCUGAUUGGGGACUUCCUGCGAGCUGUCAUUGUCCGCUUCCUCAACUACUGUUGGUGCUGGGACCUGGAGGCCGGAUUUCCUUCAUAUGGUGAGUUUGACAUCAGUGGAAAUGUGCUGGGUCUCAUCUUCAAUCAAGGAAUGAUAUGGAUGGGUGCAUUUUACGCUCCAGGGCUGGUGGGUCUGAAUGUAUUGCGUCUCCUCUGUUCGAUGUACUAUCAAUGUUGGGCUGUGAUGGCCUGUAAUGUUCCUCACGAACGAGUCUUCAAGGCCUCACGCUCCAACAACUUCUACAUGGGUCUGCUGCUGCUUGUACUCUUCCUUAGUCUGCUGCCAGUGGUCUAUACUAUAAUGACGCUGUCUCCAUCAUUUGACUGUGGGCCAUUCAGCGGCCAAGAGAAGAUGUACGACGUAGUCAUGGAGACUAUAGAGCAGGAUCUUCCUUCCUUCAUUGGGGACAUAUUUGGCUAUGCCACCAACCCUGGGCUUAUCAUGCCUGCUGUACUUCUUAUGGUGCUGGCCAUCUAUUAUCUGAAUGCAGUGUCAAAAGGAUAUCAACAAGCAAACAUAGACCUUAAAAAGAAGAUGCAAACGGCUCGAGAUGAGGAGAAGAAUCGCAGGAACAACACGGACAGCACUAAUCAAGUCAUGAAAGAUUUGGAGGACUUGCUGCCAGACAAAUCUUUGAUACUUCCACCGACUGCGGAAGAGCCGCGCCCACCUGACGUUGUCAUUGAGAAAGGAACCAAGUCUCCAAAAAUGAAGCCAGGUGCAGCAGCCAACGGGAAAGGGGUUAACCUGCAAAAAGAUGUGUCACUGGCUGCUUCCAAUCCCAGGGGGGUGGUGACCCGGGCCCCUGGACCAAGAAGCCAACCUCCUGGAAAUGCUCGGGGGCCUAAACCUGGACAAGGCAGGGGAAGAGGCGGAGGCAGGCCUCCAAGACAAUAGGGCUUUAUUCUCAAAGACAGCACACGUAUGCUCGAGGAUAAAAUCUGAUGCAUCUUCAUUUUCGUACAGGUGCAACCCUCUUUAGCAUGUUUGUUAAUUUGGCAGACCUUGCUUUGCCAUGCUGGGCGUUCCGGCGGACCAUGUGCGUUUUCUUUUACAAAAGGCGCACCUGACAAUUUGGUGGCUGAAAGAAGGCAACAUUUUAGACCACCUGAAAACAGGUCUAAGUUGUGGCAGAAGCGGUGUAAUGCAAUUUUGGUGGAUUUAAUUGAGGUGCAGAGACACACAUUCUGAGCUCCGCGAAUAUGUGUGGUGAAUGUCAUCGUAUGGAUUAAUAUGACAAGAGUGUGCAACAACAACAAAAUUCUCACACAGUCACGAACGAUCGGGUUGGAAGUGGUCUCUGAGUGCCCACUCCACAAUGGUGAUCUGUAAAUUGCUUGGCCAACUUUACAUCAUCCACCAGUGGAGGUCAGCGUCCAGUUCCAUAUAAGCUUCGAUUUUUUGUCUGGAGUCCAGUGAGUUUAUUUCUGGUCAAAGGCUGUUCAGCUCUCACGCAGAGAUUUUAAAGGGAGUGAAAGGAGCCUUCCAUUGGACGGGAAGAUAAUCGGCUGUGUUCAUGCCCACAGUAGUGCAAACGCCUGUUUCUAACUGUGCUUGUCAAAGAAAUUACCAAAAGAAAGAAAACACUACGAGUGUGCAAAAUUAGACUGGGCUUUGUGCUAGAAUUGUACUGUGCAUAAAAAUAGAGCCUUGGGAGUCUAAAUCCAAGCUCAAUGAUGGACCUCAAAGACCUAAUAUACCACAGAGUUAUUUUCGUGCAGAAAUGGAGGUGAUUUGUACCACAUCAAAUUUGAAGUAUAAAUAUUCCAUCUACACAGCAAAAAAUGUGUUGACUUUUAAAAUAAAUAUGGGUUAACUGGUUAAAGAUGUGGUCUAUUGGCAUUUGUAUUGGUCAUUUGGAAAUCUGUGUAAAUAGUAUUUAAAUGUAUUUCUAUUUUUGUAAGACAUCUAUUAAAGUAUUUAUUUCUGGCA